UUCGCGGAUUAUUUGUUUUGAACAGAAUGGCGGGUGACAUGUAUCUUGAAAAUUUGGAAGAGUUCGUUUUCGAUGAAAACAGAAUAGUAACAUACAAGUGGUUGAGUCAAACAUUACAAGUCCAUGUUAAUCUGGCAAAACAAAUGCUUUAUACAUUUUUCAAUCAACAAAAAGAUAAAGAAGCUGACUCAGUAAACGUGACAUACCUUGUGUCUGGAGUGCAAUCGAUUGAUAAUGGAGAGAAGGUUCGCAAAGUUUCCAUUGUAAAUGCUCAAAAUCUUGAAAAGCAUAAAGCUAGCCUUCAAUGUGUGUCAGGGGUCCAUAUAUACAGCAUUCAGAAGGCUCAACUAAAAGACAGCAAUUCACUGUACACAGCAGACUAUGAUCUGACUCUGGAGCAGAUAAAGCAAGCUGCUUGUAGUAGAUUUAGUGCCAUUGAGUGUGCUGAAGCAAAAGCAAGAUCUGAGACAGAAUUAGCCGAGUUAGAAGAAAAGGCAAGAUUGCCUGAUGCCAACCAAUCUCAAUCAACAGCAAAGGUUAACGGCAAGCCAAGUACAUCCUCUAGCAAUGGCUCAGUCACGUUACCAUCUCUCCAGAAAGCAGAAGCUGCGAAACCAGCUCCUAAAACCAAUGACCAGCGAAAGAAGGGACAGAGGUCAGCAAUGGAUAUGUUUACGUCCAUGAAAGUUAAAAAAGAGAAAGAUGCGGAAAAAGAAAUGAAUACAGAAGCAGAGAAAACCACCAAAACAGAGAAGGACAGCUCAUUAGACAGUGCCACAGAAAACAAGGCAAAACCGGAAAACAAAUCAAAAAAAGGAAUGCUUGCAUUCAUGUCAACUGUACCAAAAAAAACAACAGAAGAAGAAAAGCAAGAAAAUAAAGAAUCUUCCCAAAAAGUAAAUGUAUUAGAAAAAGAAGAAAAGAAGACGAUGAAGGAAGAAUCAAAUAAUAGCAAAUCGACCAAUAAGAACGCAGAUAACAAAGAAACUAAAAUACAAAAGAAAACUAAAAGGAUUGUUGUAUCUGAUUCUGAUGAAGAAGAAUCAAAUCCAAAGAAAAAGCAACGACGAAGAAUAAUGAUGGCAGAGAGCAGCAGCGAUGAGGAUGAAGAAGACUUACUGUACUGCACUUUUAUGUCAUGUGUUAAUUUUAGUAAUGUAACCUCAAAUUAUACCUCCAUUGUAUAUCCAACUCCUCCACAAAAACCAGUUGACAAUGAUGCAGAAGAUGAAAUGGAUUGUGGAGAACCAAAUGAAGGCGGUGGUGAAGUUGAAACUGGUACUCAUAUAAAGCGGAUUAAAGUCUUUAAAACAAGACAAGUAGAAGAUGAAGAGGGAUUUAUGGUAACUGAAAAAUACUAUGAAUAUGAGGACACCGAGGUAGUUGACGAGGAGAAGCCACCAAUGAAAGAAGUACGGCCCCUUAAGAAAUCCGUCCCGGAUGAUACAGAAAAUGAAGGCAAAAAAGGCAAAGGGAAGAAGGGCAAAGGUGACCAGUCAUCGCAGGGUACCACACAGAAAUCCUUGCUCAGCUUUUUCAAGAAGAACUAAUUGAAAGUGUUCAGAAACAAAAGAGUCCACUGUUCUCAGUUUGUCCAUAGACUUGCAUAAUGACUGAUUUACAGGUGUGGGAGCUUGGCGCAUGCUGCAAUCUGGUGGUAUUGAAUUUUACUACUGAACUUAGUGCAAAUGCUUCUUGCCACGCUGCAGAGGGCGCACGUCUAUUUCACUUUUACACUUACAGAUACAGUACACUUCUAUAUUUUACUACGAGAUUGCAGCAUGUACAUUACGGGCCCAACAUGUUAUUAUGUGGAGAGAACUCUUUCACUUCUCUAUAUUUUGCUUAAAUCCACCAUUAGGCUAGACUUUUUUUAUACCUUGUUUAGCGAACCCGCCGACUGCAAAUAUUGAUGAUUUGGGAUAAAAAUAAAAUUUUAUUUUUGGCCAAUGAGCGCACAGGCCUCCACGAAAAGGUGGAAAUUUCAGAAAAAAAUU